GUCCAUCUCAUGUCAAAGAUGAGAUUGAAGACUAUAUGUCUCAAAAAAGUCAAUCAAAGGUGCAAUUGAGGAUGGUUCCUGAUUUUGAUGAGAUGGAUAAUGAUGACGAUGAUGAUGAUGAAAUUCUUGAGAUAAAUCAACAUGGUAAAAGGCCUAUUUCUACUCAUGGUUCUACCCGUCGAGAACAAGGAAGUAACUCCUCCAAAUCUGUUGGUUCCAAACAAACAAAGCAAAAGGGACCUAUGGAUGUGUACUUCACCCCUGAUCCGGAAGUUGCGGUGCAAAAUUGUAAAGUCAAGGGAAAGCAAACAAAAAUUGAUGAUAAUGAUCCUAGCAAGAAGGUGUUGAGAGAUCAGGCUCUUGUUUGGUUUUCGAGGUGGAUGUAUGAUACAGGUAUACCUUUCAAUGUUGUGAACUACAAUAGUUUUGGGCCAAUGGUUAAAGCUUUUGGGCAAUAUGGUCUUGGCAUGAAACCACCAAGCUACCAUGAGGUGCGGGUUCCUUAUUUGCAGAAAGAAGUAGACCACACUAAUAAGACCAUGGAGGAUCAUAAAAAAGAUUGGGUAACAUAUGGAUGCUCUUUAAUGGCCGAUGGGUGGAAGGACAAAAGAAACAGAGCAUUAAUUAAUUUUUUGGUUAAUUGCCCAAGAGGAUCAAUGUUUAUUGAAUCCGUUGAUGCUUCUAGCUUAUCCAAGGAUGCAAAUAAGAUGUUUGAAUUGCUUGACAACUUUGUGGAGCGUAUUGGUGAAGCCAACGUGGUUCAAGUUGUUACAGAUAAUGCCUCAGCAAAUGUGUUGGCCGGGAAGUUUUUGGAGGCAAAGCGGCUACAUUUGUAUUGGACACCAUGUGCAGCUCAUUGCUUGGACUUGAUGUUGGAGGACAUUUUCAAAAUUCCUAACUUCAACAAGACAUUUGAAAAGGCAAUUGCGGUGCAUGGUUAUAUUGUAAACCGCUCUGGUUUGUUGAAUAUGAUGAGGCAAUUUACCCAGUGCAAGGAUUUGAUUAAGCCAGCAAAAACUCGAUUUGCAACUGUUUUUCUAACUUUAUCAAGGAUUCAUCAACAACAAACCAACUUGAAGAAGAUGUUCACUUCAGAGAAAUGGACCACAAGCAAAUGGGCGAAGGAACAACAGGGUAAAAAGACCGCACAAGUCAUAUUAAUGCCUUCUUUUUGGAACAAUGUUCUUUAUGCUCACAAAAUAUCAAGUCCUCUUGUUCGUGUACUACGAUUGGUUGAUGGUAAGAGAAAGCCUCCCAUGGGAUAUAUUUAUGAGGCAAUGGAUAAGGCUAAAGAAGCGAUUGCAAAAUCAUUUAAUGGAAAUGAAGAGAAGUACAAGGAGUUUUUUGAAAUAAUUGACAAUAGAUGGAAUGUUCAAUUGCAUAGGCCGUUGCAUGCAGCUGGGUAUUAUUUAAACCCAGAGUAUUUUUACGCAAAUCCGAAUAUUGAGAAAGAUAAGGAAGUCAUGUCAGGCCUGUAUAAAUGCAUACAAAGGUUGGUCCCAAGUAAUGAGACACAAGAUAAAGUUUGCGUAGAGUUGACUACCUAUAAGAAAGCUGAUGGUCUCUUUGGGAUGGCUUUGGCCAUUAGACAAAGAACUACAAGGGCACCAGGUGAUCUAUAUUUUAUACUUAAGUAAUUUUAGUUAGUUUUUUAUAAUUUAAAUAUUCUUUCUAAUUA